AUGAUCAAAAUAAAUUGUUUAUAGAGAAUCUUGUAAGUCAGCUAAGAAAAAAUCAAAAAUUUGAAAUUUUAUUUCCACAAUCAUAGAGUCUAUGCACAUAUUACCAAUUAAGAAUCUCUAAUAUAUUGCCUGAUGAUAUGUAUCAAUUUAUUGGAAUUCUUGAUGUUAAUUUCGAAUAAGCAUAAUAAUUAUUUUAUUUUUAUGGAUUGCCACAUUCAAAAGCUUCAUAAUUUAAACUACAAUGAAAAGUGCUCCAAAAACAAAUAGAGAGAAUACAAAGGAGUUAUAUUGAAUUAGAAUCAGCAGGUGUUAUCUUAUAUUUCUAUGAUUAAUAUCAUCUUGUUCAUACAGCUCAGUAUUUAAAUUAUAAACACAUUCUAUCAAUGUUAUUGA